AUGGGAAUGAAGACGACGACGGAGAUGCUGAUGAAGCUCUGUAGCGCCGCAGGGGGGAUGAGGAAGGUGGGGCCGAUUCUUCUAUCCAUGGUGCUGCCUUGCUUGGUGAAGAAGGUCGACGACUGAGCGAACACAACGGCAUGCAUCAAGCAGGAUGCCCAGAUUGGGAACAGCCUGAGGAUUCCUGGCGAGGAUUCGCCCUUGUGUUCUUCAUUCCCUCGUGAAUCGUACCAGUCCUCGGCAGCCCUGUAAAGCGAGCAGGUAUGAAAGAGUAACUUUUUCACCUCACAUUCGUACGAUUCGAUGAAAUAUGGAAACAAAUUUCGGGUGGUCUCACCUGGACACGGCAGCAGCUUGAGGGAGAAGGGUUUCGACGACUUCAGCAUCCAGUUUUGGCUGGUUCUGCAACUUUCGGAAGGGCCUAGUGCAGGCUUGAGCAAGAUCAGUGAAGGGAUUCUUGCUGGUGAGAAGACAAUAGCGAUAACUCCGGGUGCCGACGAGGAAGACCACCAUCGCCAGCGCCAUGGAAAUACAGGGAAUUCCGAAGCCCAGGCCCCAGCCAACCUCCUCUUGGACGUAAUUCACGAUCAGGAAGGUGAAUAUCAUGCCGCCGUUCAUCCCAAAGUACCACCAGUUGAAGAAGGAGCUCCUGGACUUGCAUUCCUCGGGAUCGUUCUCGUCGAACUGAUCUGCUCCGAAGGCCUGCACGCAGGGCUUGUGCCCUCCCUGCGCGAUUGCCGCCAGGUACAACGAGAAGAAGAAGAAGACGGUCUGGUACUGCGUGGGAAGACAGCGUUGGAGGUAGACGUUGGUGCGCCAUUCCGUCGGGCGGAGGGCGGGAGAUACUGCCGACAGUGUCAGCAUGGCCAGGCCCUGAAAUUCCGAUCAUUCAACAGAAGCAAGUGAUUGAGGUCGAGCGAGAAUAAGAGGAAGAUUCUUAGGGGGGGGGAUUCCCAUUUGCAUAGAUGCUUCAGUCAACGUGGUAACAGAUGAAUCCGGAAAGCUUCUUUGUCGCAAGUAGACGCAUCGUCAUCAUCGCCAUAUAGUGUCGGAAUAUUCAAACAAGAAACACUUUUUAAAGGCAGGUGAGAUGGAUGGAAGGGAAACCACCAUGACUGUCCAAAAGGUCACUCUCCAUGGCGAAUAAGGCUGGACGCAGAGAAGGAAUCCAAUUACUGGUACCGAGAUAUGGGUUCCUCGGCAAAAUCACGGUCCUUCGAAGGAUGAAAAAGAAGGUAAAAAUGAGGGGAAAAAAAAUCAGGGCAGCAGAUUCCUCGGGCGCCGCCGAUCGAAUUGGAGAGACUGAUGACAAAAGUAGUUGAUUAGGGCAUCGGAGGGAACAAACCAGGACGUACAGGAGGGAGGCGACGACGAUGGUGCGGUACCGCCCGAUGUAGGAGUCGGCGAGGGUGCCGCCAAGGAGGGGGAGCAUCAUGGACACGCCGCUCCAGGCGUUUACGUUGGCGGCGGCGGAGGCGGUGGACUCCUGGAGCGGUCCCGUCAGGUAGGUGAUGAGGUUCGACGAGAUCCCGUAGUACGCGAACCUCUCCGCCACCUCCACCCCUGCAGCGACAGCGACGACAGCCGCCGCCGACGGCAACCCGAGCAUCUCAUAACCAGGUGAAAAGCCAAAUCAUGGAACGACCUUGAAGCUGCUGAAAUGGCCAGCGUUUCAUUACCGAUGAUGAAGAAGGCGGAGGUCCAGCCGCCGUACGUGGAUCUGGAGAACACCGGCCGGCCGCGGUAGUCGACGACGCCGUCGACGGGAAGGUGGCCGCUCCUGAUCUGCCGGGAGGCGCUCUCCAGCUCGCCUCCCAUUUCUCCUGCCCCCAAAUUGCGAUGGCCGGGUCUCGCCGCCGGUCACAAGGAGUGCUUUAUGGCCAAACGCAAACGUGAAAGUCGCUGUCAUUAGGGGGGCCACAGGAAAAGUAUUCUCGGUCCAGAUUCACCAUGGCGCAGAGUGGAAUCUCCUUUAGCCCACCUCCACGAACAUGUUGACUUUCGCUGUGGCGGCAGCUAUCGUCUUCAUCAUAUUCGGUCUUUCACCUUGCUCUUGUACUGGUAGAUCUGAGCGAGGUAGAGGAAGAUAGUCAAUGCCACAGCGCUGAGGACGGCGAGGAACCCGUAGAAAUAGUCAAGGUGGCCGCGGUUGAGGUUGUCGGAGAACCAGCUGUUGCCGCUGGUUCUGCUGGCUCUGUCGAUCACCGAAAUGAUGAAGCUGCUGAUGAAGCUCCCCAUCCCGAAGAUGCUCAAGUAGAGAGCUAUGCCGAGGCUCCUCAGCCCGUCAGGCACCUGGUCGUAGAAGAAUUCUUGCAGGCCAACCAUGGUGAAGGAAUCCGAGAUUCCCGAGAGGACGUACUGGGGAACCAGCCACCACAAGCUCAUGGGAAUGGUGGCAUUUGGUAGGUCGAUCAGGCCGAAAUCUCUGGCAGUUCGGAGCCUCUUCAUCUCCACCAGAGCGGCUACGGCCAUGGAGGCAAGUGAGAUCAGCAUUCCGACGCCGAUUCUCUGGAGCAUGGUAAGACCUGAAGGUAUCCCUGUGAAGGCUCUAGCGAUGGGGACGAGGAUUCGGUCGUAGAUGGGGACGAAGAUCACGACGGAGAGGCUAACAAAGCUCUGCAAUGUCGCAGGGGGGAGGUUGAAGGUGCGGCCGAUUCGUCUGUCCAUGGUGCUGCCUUGCUUGGUGAAGAAGGUCGCCGGUUGAGCAAAUACAACAGCGUACAUCAAGCAGGAUGCCCAUAUCGGGAACAACCUGAGGACUUCUCGCGCGGUCUGUGAAUGGCUUUUAUCAUUGCUAUACUCCACCGGAGAUGAGCACUGGGAGACCUCCGCAGAGCUGCCAUGGGAGAAGUAGGUUGAAGAGAAGAAGAAGAUCACAUUGCAGGAUGGACGAGGGAGUAACCAAAUCGAAGAAGUUCAGGGGAAUUCAGGGGGCUUUUACCUGGACUGAGAAGUAGCCUCGGGGAGAAGGGCUUCGCUGACUUCAUUGACUUCCUUGGCGGACGAUUGAGCGAGAGAUGCGACAGGGCCUUUAUUAUUGAGGAUGGAAUGACGAUAAUUUGGUGUUCCGAUCAAGAAGAGGGCGAGGCCAAGAGCCAUGGAGGCGCAGGACACUCCGAAGCCGAAACCCCAACUGAUCUCCUGCUGGACGUAGUUCAUGAACACGAAGGUGAAUAUCAACCCGCUGUGCAUCCCGAAGUACCACCAGUUGAAGAAGGAGCUCCUGGACCUGAAUUCUUCAGGAUCGUUCUCGUCGAACUGAUCUGCUCCGAAGGCUUGCACGCAGGGCUUGUGCGCCCCCUGGGCAAAUGAGACCAGAUAUAUCGCGAGGAAGAAGAUAGCAGAUUGGAAUUGAGUCGGAUGGCAAGCUUCGGUGUCAUCGUUGCCGCCGCAGAGAGGACGAAGAUAUGGAGAGACCGCCGUUUCUGUGAGCAUGCCUAGGCCCUGCAGAUCAAUAUCCUCCACUUCAAUUUCAGGUACCAGAGUCCUCAACCCCUCCGUCAAUCUCUUCUCUCUCUCUCUCUCUCUCUCUCUCUCCCCCCCCCCCAUUCUUCCAGCAGCACCAUCAAAUCCCCACGCCCUUGAGUAAGCCCCUGAGAGCACACUCUCCUCCGCUCUUCUUACGGCAAUCAAUCACUCCCCCACCCCGGAAUUGGUAGUGAUUGCAAAAACCGCUUAAUCGAAUAAUUUAUGAGGCGAUGAAUGGAUAAGGGGAGUCAGUACAAAACGACGAACCAGGACGUAGACGACGGAGGCGAUGACAAUGGUCCGGUAACGCCCGACGAAUGA